GCUCGCUCUGUGCUAAACGCUCCUGUCCCCACACAAAAAGCCACAUACCUCUUCAUUUAUUCUAGCCUGCUUUGCUGUAUCAUGCAUAACAGCCAUGUCACCCAUCUGCUCGUCUCUCUUCUUUGCAUCGGGUUGACUGCCCAGUCUGAGCUGGAGACAGAUGAAGUGGUUCCCAGGCUGCUGUCCGGGCAGGAGGCGCACCUGUCCACGGACCACACUUUCCGCACUCUCCGGCGCCGCGGUCAGCGCUCCCUGGACGUCCCAGGGGGAGGACACUCUGACCUGGAUAACAUAAUCCUGACACUGCCUGCUUUUGGCCGGGACCUGUAUUUAAAUCUGACGUGGGAUAGUACGUUUCUCUCCGGGGACUUCGAGGUGGAGGAGAGGCGCAGGGACCAGAGCGCGGCGGUCAGACGCUUGUCCAUGGACCAGCUCUGCUUUUACUCUGGCUCCAUCAUCAACCACACGGACUCUCUGGCAUCAAUGAGCACCUGUGGCGGUCUGACCGGGCUCGUUCAGAUCGGGGAGGAUAGCCUGUUCAUUCAGCCGCUGGGUGAAAACGACCCGUCACAAUCCUUCUCUGGACUAAAACACCGGCUGUCGCGACGCCGACGCUCCUCCAAGACCGGCUCCGCUCCGGACGCUGACCAGCCCAGCUACUGUGGGACUGUACAGGCAGGGAAGAGGAAGGAGAAGAGGUCAAAGAUAGCGGAGGAGGGUCGCGGCAAAAGAAACGCCAUUCGCCUGCAUGAAGCUUACACUGUGGAGACGGUGGUGGUGGCCGACUCAGACAUGGUGCAGUACCAUGGUGCUGAGGCCGCACAGAGGUUCCUGCUGACUGUCAUGAACAUGGUCUACAACAUGUUCCACCACCAGAGUCUGGGAGUCAGAAUCAACAUUCGAGUCACCAAGCUGGUGUUGCUUCACAGCCGCCCAGAGAAGCUGAGCGUGGGUCAUCAUGGAGAAAGGUCUCUGGAGAGCUUCUGUCACUGGCAGUAUCAGGAGUUUGGGGGCCCACGUUACCUCGGCACCAACCACGUUCCUGGUGGGAGGGAUGACAUCCCACCAGUGGAUACAGCUGUGCUGGUCACCAGGACAGAUUUCUGCGUUCAUAAAGACGAACCCUGUGAUACUGUGGGUAUUGCGUAUCUGGGCGGUGUCUGCAGCGCCAAAAGGAAGUGUGUGUUAGCGGAGGACAAUGGACUCAAUCUGGCCUUCACCAUCGCUCACGAGCUCGGACACAACAUGGGAAUGAGCCAUGACGACGACCACACAACCUGCACUGGUCACUCCCACAUCAUGUCUGGUGAAUGGGUGAAAGGAAGAAACCCCAGCGACCUGUCCUGGUCCUCCUGCAGCCGCGAUGAUCUGGAGAACUUCCUCAGAUCCAAAGCCAGCGCCUGCCUACUGCACACAGACCCCAGGAGCCGUUACCAGGUCCGGCUGCCUCCCAAGCUGCCGGGCAUGCACUACAGCGUGGAUGAACAGUGCCAGAUCCUGUUUGGAACCAAUGCCACUUUCUGCAAUGACAUGGAGGGCCUCAUGUGUGCUGGCCUGUGGUGUUUAGUAGAAGGAGAUGCAUCUUGCAAGACCAAACUGGAUCCUCCUCUGGAUGGAACAGAGUGUGGAGCAGACAAGUGGUGCAGGGCAGGCGAGUGUGUCAGUAAGACUCCCAUCCCUCAGCAUGUGGACGGCGACUGGAGUCCAUGGAGCCAGUGGAGCAUGUGCAGCAGGACCUGCGGUACUGGAGUCCAGUUCAGACAGAGGAAAUGUGACAACCCUCCGCCUGGUCCUGGCGGGCGACACUGUCAGAAGGCCAGUGUGGAGCACAAAGCCUGUGAAGGUCCCCCCUGUCCCAAAGGGGCCCCCAGCUUCAGAGACCUGCAGUGUCUGUCCUACGACCGACACGCCAGCAAGAAGAAGGGCAGCAUGCUGACUGCUAUUAUUAAUGACGAGAAGCCGUGUGUGUUGUUCUGCAGCCCGGUGGGUCGAGAUGUCCCAGCCCUGAUGGCUGACAGAGUGAUGGAUGGGACGCCUUGUGGACCAUAUGAGGCGGACCUGUGCGUUAACGGGAGGUGUCAGAAAAUUGGCUGCGAUGGCGUCAUCGGCUCUUCGGCUAAAGAGGAUCGCUGUGGUGUUUGUAACGGAGACGGCCGCUCCUGUAAGAUAGUGAGAGGAGACUUCAACCACACCAAAGGAAUGGGCUACAUCGAGGCCGUGGUUAUCCCUGCAGGAGCCAGGAGAAUCAAAGUUGUGGAGGACAAACCUUCACAUAGCUUUCUGGCCCUCAAAGACUCCAGUAAGAGAUCCAUCAACAGUGACUGGAAGAUUGAGCUUCCAGGAGAGUUUGAACUGGCCGGGACCACGGUGCGCUACGUCAGAAGGGGACUGUGGGAGAAGAUGUCUGCCAAGGGACCCACUAAGACCCCCUUACACCUGAUGGUUCUGCUCUUCCACGACCAGAGCUACGGGAUCCACUACGAGUACACGGUGUCUCUGAACACGUCUCAGGACAGGAGUAGUGAGGAGCAGAGGGAACAGGAGUAUCUCUACAUCUGGACUCACAGCAGCUGGCAGGACUGUACUGUCCAAUGUGGAGGAGGUGAGCGGAGGACAGUGGUUUCCUGUAUGAGGAUAGCCAAUAAAACCAUGGAGGUGGUCAACGACAGCUACUGUCAGCUGGAGAACCGACCACAGCCCCAAGUACGACUCUGCAACUCACACCCCCUCCAGACCAGGUGGGUGACAGGUGAGUGGGGAUCCUGCUCCGUCACAUGUGGUAAAGGUCUUCAGCAGAGGGAAGUGGUUUGUGUUUACCACCUACAGAACGGCUCGCUCAUCCACACCAGAGACCUGUACUGCCAAGGAGGAAAACCUCCUGUCCUGCAGGGCUGCGAGGGCCGCCUCUGCCUCACUGUGUGGGAGGCUUCAGAGUGGUCCAAGUGUUCCUCAGACUGUGGUCAAGGCGUCCGCAGACGGGUGGUGUCGUGUACAAACCCUCAGGGUCUGUGUGAUCCUCUGUCCCAGCCCACUCAAGAGGAGCCCUGUGAGGACCACUCCAGAUGUUAUGAAUGGAAGACUGGAGACUGGUCCAAGUGUUCUUCAUCCUGUGGGAAGGGCCUGCAGUCUCGAGUGGUCCAGUGUAUGCACAAAGUGACUGGUCGUCACGGUAACGACUGCCCAGUGACACUGAGACCACCGACCUACCGACCCUGUCACCAUGGGGCCUGCAACGAGAAAAUCAAUGUGAACACCAUCACAUCCCCCAGGCUAGCUGCUCUGACCUACAAAUGCAUGGGGGACCAGUGGACGGUGUACUGUCGUGUGAUCCGGGAGAAGAACCUCUGUCAGGACAUGAGGUGGUACCAGCGCUGCUGUGAAACCUGUAGGGACUUUUAUGCCAAGAAAAUACUGCACAAGAGCUAAUGACCAAAUCAAAUCUA